AUGACGGCUCGUGGAAAGAACGUCAAGAUCCAAACGCUUGCCACAGAAAGAGAGGUAUUCGUCUAUGACAGACGAUAUGUUAGCGAACAAGAUAACGCCGAACUGCCCAAGCUCCCUUCGCCGCAACCUCUCGUACUCGAUAACCCACCGGAUACGCUUUCCGACCAGAAUGACCUACAAGCAUGGAGGAAUUUAUACUCCGCUAGGAAGUCUUGGGCCUCCAAGCUGACGGCGAGAUGUGAAGUGGCCUACAAAACCAUCCGGGAGCUGAAUGAGCGCACCGAGAUCGUCAACCGAGCUGCAGGCGUUGCUCUCGAGAAUCUCAAGACACACGUGGCUACCCUGGAGAACCGAUUCCAGGAAGCGCAGGUGUGGGCGAACGAUCUUUCAAAGGAGCAGCAAUCGGCACUUGGAGAAUGGAAGCGUGCCCUGAGUAACCUGGAGAACAUUCCGGCGCGAAAGGAGUUUCCUUUUCUAGGCCGGCCGUCGACACCCAAAAGGGAUUCCGAUAGAACGGGGACAUUGCUCGACUAUGUCGAUGCAGUGGAAGUACACAAGGCUGGACCGGAAGCUUCUGCGGCAUCUUCAAGAUUCAAUCGGCAGUUUCAGGACAUUGAACAAGCGGUCGGGGAGAUUACUGCGGACACACAACAGUUGCUUGAUGAGGUACCAUCUUCGAGCUCUGACAGCGUUGACGGCCUACUACAAGAGAUGGAAACCUUGUCCAGGAAAAUCCAAUCUGAUUACGAGCAUGUUCUUGCGUUGCCCAACAACCAAAAGACACUGGCAAAUAUAUCUAGGCUUGCCUUCAACCACACUCAAGACUUUCUGCCGUCAAUGUUGGAAAUCGGAACGGAGAUCCGAGAAGGACUUGGGGGCGCCGCCAGGCUUUAUGACGCUGCAGCAAAGGCCGCGCUAGGCCGCACGAAGCUUAUUUCCUCUACACAAUCGCGCCUAGCUGAUGUACAAGCGCACAUUGCCAACCUUACCUUUCAAAGCGACGCUUUCGAUCUGCUUUACUCCGUUUUUCAUAUGCCUCUGGUGUAUGGAUCUGUCCUGGUCGAGUCCGUAAGGCGACGCGAGUUCAACGAGAAGAUGAAGAGCGACUCAUUGACCCUAGCGGAAGAACUGUCGGUCUUCCAGGAUGAAGAACAGCGUCGACGAAAGAAGUGGGUGAAGAAUAUGGAAGAUUUUCUUUCCGUUACUGAUACCACCACACCGGGGAUUGAGGUCAAUUUGCGAGGCCAUGAAUUCGAUUGGCCCACCGUUACGAGGAAAGAUGUCGAGACAUACAUUGAGGACCUGAAGUCGAAACCUGGUACGGCCAACGCUGCGCAAGAACUAGCCCAAGCUUUCAAAGAGCUCGAUGCUCCCACACGUGUGCAAAGACGCAGAGCAAAAGCGUUCAAGCAGGGCAGCAUCUUCGACCUAAGCCGCAGCUCCCUCUUGCUUCACAGCGACGAGAUGGUAAGAAGCUUGAAGGACGAGAAACUCAAGCUGGAAGAGAAACUACGAGGGUCCGAGAGUAGGAUCCGCAAACUGGAAGACCUUCUACAUCGACAUAGCCAGCUUGGCCGACCUUCAAGUGGGAACUUCUCCGUCGAUUUUCCUACCUCCCCAGCAUCUCCACACCCUGAUGCUAUGUCGAGGAGAUCUUCGGUCUCGUCGCGGCGGAUGUCUUCGAAUCAGACAUCGGAGGAGAAGAAUCUCGUGAACCGGAUCGUCCACCUCGAAGCUGAUCUCGCUACUGAACGAGAGACUGUGCAACGACUGCAACGAGAAGCACAUGCGGAGCGACAAACCAAUACCGAUAAAAUGCAAGAGGCGCAGUCCACCAAGAACGAUCUCAUUGGCAACCUCGAAGCCCGACAGCGUGAGUUUGGCGACGAGCGGCGAUAUCUGGAAGGCGAGGUAAAACGGUUCAAGAUACGCGUUGAAGAGCUCGAAGAAGAGUUGGAUAGGGUCAUCGACAGUCGCGAUCACGAGAAGCAAGAUGCCGACGAGCGCAUGCAUCAGCUAGAGCUGGAACUGCAAGACGCGCAUGUCCGUGCGGAUGAAGAAAUGCGGAAGGCGAACAGCCUCCUCGAGCAAAUGCAGUCUCACAAAAUUGCAGCAGAUCGCUUCCGGACACGAGCAGACGAACUUGAGAAGCGAGAAGUGGAACAAAACCGGAAAGAUCAGGAAAUGUACCAUGCCCUGCAGGCUGCUCUUAUGAAUCUCUCGCCCGGAGGGUCCAUACCCGAUGAGGUUGCGGACAUCAUCAAAGCGAUCGACGUGCUUUCUGAAGGUCUGGCAAUACACGCUAAAACCGCCGAGGACAACGCCACGAAAGCCGCUGCAGCGAACAAGACUCUAACGGAGGAAUUGGAGAGGAUGAAAUCGGAUUAUGAGAACACAAAGAAUAUUUUAGAGCAACGUAAGUCUCAACUAACUCAAGCUCGUGGAGAACUCGAACAAGAACAAUCGAAGCGCAAGUCUACGGAAUCCGAAUUGAAUGAUGAACGGGCAAGACUUCUUGAGCUGGAGUCUAAACUCGCUGCGGGCGAAACGGGCGCAGGCGCCCUACGUGAACACGUUGCAGAGGAAGAGCAGAAAUUAACUGACAUAAACAACCAACUCGUCGAAGUCGAAGCUCGGGCUCGCCGAUCAGAGGAGGAGGCCUUGCAGUGGAAAAAACGGGCUGAGGCUUUGUCGGAUUCGGACAAGCUGGUUACAGCCAAGGUUGACGUCCACAGGUCAAGGCUCGAGGAACUUUCGAGACAGCUGUUUGCGCAGGUGGAAAAGCUGGAGCGUAUGCUGGAGCAGUUGGGUUUUACUGUUAUCCGGCAAGAUGGGGAGAUAGUUGUUCAGCGAUCAUCCAAAGUCAAUGCGCUCUCUGCUACUGCAGACACAUUGAGCCAAUCUGGAGUAGUGUCUGUCAAGCCAGAUGUCAGCCUUUUGACCUGGAUGAAGGCCGAAACCCCUGAGCAAGAGACAAACAGGUUCAAGGCCUUUUUGGAGUCACUCCAUCAGUUCAGUGUGGACAUCUUUGGGGAUGCGGUAGUGAAACGCGUGAAAGACAUCGAGGUGCUUGCUCGGAAAUGGCAGAAAGAAGCCCGUGGCUAUCGAGACAAAUAUCACCGCAUGCAAAGCGAGGCACACGACAAGAUCGCCUAUCGAUCCUUCAAAGAAGGCGAUCUCGCUCUCUUCCUGCCAACCCGGAAUCAAGCCAUCCGCUCGUGGGCUGCGUUCAACGUGGGCGCACCCCACUAUUUCCUCCGCGAACAGGACGUCCAUAAACUUCAAUCCAGAGACUGGCUGCUGGCACGGAUCACUAAGAUUGAAGAGCGAGUCGUAGACCUGUCUAAGUCCAUGAACGGCGGCAACCCGGACCGUCGCUCAAUUGGCGAAACAAGCGACGGUGCUUCGAUCGACGAUGAGAACCCCUUUGAACUAUCUGAUGGUCUCCGCUGGUAUCUCCUUGACGCAACAGAGGAAAAGCCCGGUGCGCCAACAACCCCAGGUCUUGGGAAGAGCACCGUUGCCCCCGCGCAUGUCGACGCUCGAGGUAGCAUCCGUCUCAAACGCACACCUGCCGGAGCCAACGUCACAAAGACGCUCACGAAGAGCCUCGACAGCCGCCGGAACAGCUCCACCUCCAACAAACGUGGACCAACGCUAUCCUCACGCGCAAACGACUCCACAGCAGAUCUCGUCCGCGCAGGUCAAGCCGAGGGCGAAAACAGCGCUGCUGCCAUCGACUCCAAAUCCGUGUCCCAGUCGCGAGAGCGAGGACAAGAGCCAGGGUCAAUCGCCAUUUCCGACGAGGUCUUGGACCGCCACCGAUCGCAAACACUUGAGCACAGUGGCAUGUUAAACGGCUACGCGCGCCACCUGCAUCUAGAUCGUGAGCGCGAUGCCAGUGCUAAAUCUCUCUCCUUAUCUGCGAAUGGCGCUGAAAUGGCGUCGUCUAUGGCGUCAACUCAAGCUUCGACUUCGACUUCGGUCUCGGGUCCAAGUCAUCGUCAGUUGACCCGCUACCGGCCCUGGGAGAAGCUGUGGUCUGUGGAUCUGAAUUAUCGGUUGGAGGGUGGGGAUUCAUAA